GUAAUCGAUCACUAAACCCCGAGGAAAUCACUGGAUUCUCACCGUCUCCACUCAAAACUUCCAAUGGCCGCUCCUUUGCUACUCAGGGGCAUCCCGCUCCUGCGCCUUCGGCUGGCCGCCAGGCUCCUCGCCCCGGCCCGAAAAACUAUAUGUUCAGCCACAUCUUCCGAGCCGACUCAGCCGGACGAGAACGUAAUUUCUGAAGACAAAACCACCGCAACAGUCUUUACCAUGAAGGACCCUCCCAACUACAGCAAGUGGAACGAUCCUGAUUACAGGAAGUGGGAAGAUAAAGAGAAUGAGAUUCUUCGAGAUAUCCAGCCUAUAAUGUUUCUUGCCAAAGAGAUUAUUCACUCCGACAGGUAUAUGGAUGGAGAACGUCUAACAGCAGAAGAUGCGAGAGCUGUGGUAGAAAAUCUUCUUGUUUAUCAUCCACAUUGUGAAGAUAAAGUUGGAUCUGGUCUUGAUUCGAUUAUGGUUGAUCGACAUCCUGAAUACAGGCAUUCAAGGUGCCUGUAUGUUGUUAGAACCGAUGGUGGAUGGAUAGAUUUCUCCUACCAGAAGUGUCUUCGAGCAUACAUUCAAGAUAAGUAUCCAUCCUAUGCUGAAAGAUUUAUUCGAGAACAUUUUAAACGUGGUAGUGGUUGA